GAGUAAUGAGAAUGGAGAGAAUGCAGGGGCCAGGGGAGGAAGAAGUCAAGAAAGGGAAUUGUAAUUAAAUAAUAAUAAUAAUAAUGAAUAAUGAAUAAUGUGAUAGGUCUGGGGUUGGCGUAAGCAGAGGAAGCGGUUGAAGAUGGAGAUUUGAGUUUGACCUCGUUGUUGGGCAAUUGAAAGAAAAGAAAAAAAAGGCAAUCUCCAUGAAGAGCUCUCUGAAGAAAUUGCGAGGUCUGGCACUCAGCAAUCACAAUCACAAUCACAAGCAUGCCUCCUCCAAGUCCAUUCGGCCUCUGGGCCAGCUUGACGAGCUCGCUCGGGCUACCCAGGACAUGCAAGACAUGAGGGACUGCUAUGACACCUUGCUUUCCGCCGCAGCAGCAACCGCCAGCAGUGCUUAUGAAUUCUCUGAGUCCUUGCGGGACAUGGGUUCUUGUCUUCUUGAGAAGACCGCUUUAAAUGAUCACGGAGACGAAACUGGAAAACUUCUCCUCUCUCUUGGCAAAAUCCAGUUCAAACUCCACAAACUCAUUGAUCAAUAUCGUUCUCAUAUAUUCCAGACAAUUACCAUUCCCUCCGAGUCUCUCUUGAAUGAACUUCGAAUUGUUGAGGAGAUGAAACGACAAUGCGACGAGAAAAGGGAUGUAUAUGAGUAUAUGGUAACAAGAUAUAGAGAAGGAGGCAAGUCUAAAGGUGGGAAAGGAGAAACUUUCUCUUUGCAGCAGUUACAAACUGCUCAUGAUGAAUAUGAUGAAGAGGCUACAUUGUUUGUUUUCCGAUUAAAAUCUCUGAAGCAAGGACAAUCCCGGAGUCUUCUAACACAAGCCGCACGUCACCAUGCUGCUCAGUUAUGUUUCUUCAAAAAAGCAAUCAAGUCCCUUGAGACCGUAGAACCACAUGUGAAAUCAGUAACCGAACAGCAACACAUUGAUUACCACUUCAGUGGUCUUGAAGAGGAGGCUGGGGAUGAAGGUGAUUAUGGAGAUGAUGAUGGUGGUGGUUAUGAUGAGCAUGAUGAUGGGGAGUUGAGUUUUGACUAUGGACAAAGUGAACAAGACCAGGAUGUUUCUAUAUCACGAAACUCAAUGGAGCUGGACCAGUUGGAACAUACACUUCCUAGAGUUUCUACAGCUGAAGCUGCUAAGGAAAACUUGGAUAAACUUCAAAGGAAUUUGUUUUCCUUUAGGGUUAGGGCAGGAAGCCAAUCUGCCCCACUUUUUGCUGAUAAUAAACCUGAUUCAAGUGAAAAACUAAGACAGAUGCGCCCAUCUUUAUCACGGAAGUUUAGUUCAUAUGUGCUACCCACACCAGUUGAUGCGAAGAGUUCAACCUCUUCAGGGUCAAAUAAUCCAAACCCUUCCAAAAUGCAGACAAAUUUAAGUGAACCUGCGAAGAACUUGUGGCAUUCAUCCCCAUUGGAACAAAAGAAACAUGAAAAAGAUAUUGGAAAUGAGUUUUCUGGUUCAAUUGGCAGAAGUGCACAGUCAGUACUCAAGGAAAGUAACAGCAAUACUGCCUCCACGAGAUUGCUGCCUCCUUUGGUAGAUAGUCUUUUAUCCUCAAAUCGGGAUUACAUUUCUGCUUACUCUAAAAAGACUAAAAGACAAGCCUUUUCUGGCCCAUUAACAAGUAAUCCUGGGCCUACCAAGCCGGUCUCGGUAGAAAGUGCUCAACUGUUCUCUGGACCUCUUUUGCCGACCCCAAUCUCUCAGCCUCCAUCUUCAUCUCCAAAAGUAUCUCCUAGUGCUUCUCCUACUCUUAUGUCUUCACCCAAAAUAAGUGAGCUUCAUGAACUUCCUAGGCCUCCAACCAGUUUCCCCUCCAAUUCAAGGCUUUUAGGUUUGGUGGGUCAUUCUGGUCCAUUGGUGUCUAGAGUUCAAAAGGUUUCCACUGCAAAUAAUUUGGUUGCAUCAAGUGCAGCAUCUCCACUCCCAAUGCCACCUCAGGCCAUGGCUCGUAGCUUCUCCAUACCUUCUAGUGGCACUAGAGUUGCAGCAUUACAUGGGUCAAGAACGCUAAAAUCCUCUAAUAGAUCAUCUAUAUCUGAGAAUAUUGCUUCUCCUCCUCUGAUGCCAAUAGCAUUAUCUAGUAGUCAGCCAUCAUCAGAUGGCUAAGACUGUUGUCUGGAUGUUUAGACCAGAGGGAUGUACAUGUUUUGACUAAUAUUAUGCGAUGAACCCAGGUAUUGUCAAUGGAUACUUGUGCAGACUAAUUAACUUACGUCUGAAGUUAGCCCUGUUUACGACCUGGCAAAUUAAGCUUAGGGUCAAGGAAACUUAGGUCAAGUUUUGCUUAAUUGCAAUUAUGUAAAUAUAUUCGUUUUACCUAGUAUUCUUUUUUCUGUCAUCUUCAUUGUUAAUUCAACCUUAUGGGCUUUUGUCUUAUUUUGAAAUAAAUGCCCAUCGGCGUUAUUGUUGAGAUAUGCAUCUAAGCAAUUGACAGUA